ACGCUAUACCCAAAAUGGGGGUUAUUCUUAGAGAAGCCAACCGCUUUCGAGCCAGACGAUUCUAAUAUGCCGUACAUUCUAGCAGUGAAGAAAACUGUCCCCGCCGCUGGUCACUGCUCUUAUGACGGUCGGCCACAAGGUAAGCUGUUCCACUAGGUGGCCGGUCAUCUUCCCAUGCAGAACGGACAGAUCAGGCUACCAGUGCGAGAAGACGUACGGACGGAACAAACAUCGAGAUGCUUUCCAGGACAGCGGCUGCAAGCAACCUCGACCGGGCUCAGCACAACGGUUGACUGCUUGCGCACGCUUCUUUGGCAGAACAGUCGACCUUUGAAGCUUAUGAGGGUCUUUGAGAGAUAUGGGAAGAAGCGUUGUAUAUAUACCCCCCUCUCUCACCGUGGCCAAGCCAACACAGCACCCACCACCACCACCACAACAGGCCGAGAGCAAGAGCAAGCGCAAGUUGCAGCACCAGCACGAGCCCGAUUGCCAGCGCAAUCGAUAUACGCCAAAGCAGAACAUGCUGUCGAGAGCGCGAUGACGGGUAGCACCGUCGGGAAAGAUGCGAUGCCAGCGGAGGUGUGGGCACGGCACGUUGUCAAAACGCUGCUGGAAAACCCACGGGAGCGAAGGAUUUGGAAAGGGCACAAUGCGUGUGGGGUAUGGGUCGCUGGCAGGUCCAUGCCCGCUGGGUUUCUGGAUGAUAACAUGAGGAAGAUGCGGCGUUUGAAUGAAGUUCAAAGAUCUCUCAAGGGAGUGUCAUGAUUCACUUGGACAGUUUCGGGGGAAGCCUGGAGGAGGUCUAGAAGCAGCUCUAUCAUGUUGUGUUAUUGAUGUGUGAUGUGCUAUUGAACAAGACAUGCAUUGCCUAUCUCCAUCUCAUCUCUCACAAUUUCUCCAAUGAUGGUCCCCCAGCUCGAUCCGACUCGACAUGUUCUUUCCGAGAAUGAUCAAGAUUACCAUUCCAGGUUAUGUUUAACUUAGUAAUUGACCUCCCGGGCCAAAGACGGACCCAGCAAGUCCCAGACCUGCUAAGCCUUUUGACUCCAGCUUUGUGUUGACAUGCCGAGUGUUGCUGAA